AUGGUCCUUGCCUAUCUAUCCAGGCCAGCCUUCUCCAUCAAGCGCUUGAAAACUGUUGUCGCCAUUGCGGCUACUCUCGUCAUAUUCACCUUUAUAUACAAGUCAGGCUACUCGAGCUUCAGCCCACGAUAUGCUUCCAAACAAGCUCUAUUGAUUGGGCAGAAAUGCCCACCAGACAUUGCCAACGACGAUACUCCGACCGGAUUUCUCUGUCGCAUACGACAAGCACAAGAAAAGGCGCAAGCUCGACUCAAGAACCAGUCGUCAAACGUAGGAGAAGCGGUUGCCGAAUACAGACGUCGAUACCGAAGAAGUCCUCCCAAGGGUUUCGAAGAAUGGGUGGCAUUUGCUCUGGACCACGACUCCAAGAUCAUCGACGACUUCGACCAGAUUGAUCGAGACCUGGAGCCUUACCGCACGCCAGAAGCGCGGCAAGCUUUUCUCCGCUUGAAAGAACAAAGUGAGGACUGUCCUCGCACGACGCGCAUCACGAUUCAAAAUGGAACCAUGUCCAUGUCUGCACCGUACAUAUAUGAAGGGGCAUGGAGAGGACUCAUUCAGCCGUUUCUCCAUGCACUGCCCGACAGCCUUUUUUUCCUAAGCACCAUCGAUGAGCCGAGAAUCCUGGACUCGUCCAAGCCGCCAUCCCCAGUGGCACAGUUCAAUGAACGUUCCGGGGAGUCAAUUGAAGAUUUGGUACUGGACUCGUGUGCGCAUCGUGCGCCGCAGUCGGCUGGCACCCACGCAAGAUACAACGACGUUUGUCAGUCCUCUCGUCCGGCAGACCUCCACGCUCUCAUCGCAUCUCCGAGCACAUUCUCGUAUACGCACACCCUCGUCCCUAUUCUGAGCUUUGGCCGCAUGUCUGCCUUUCGAGAUAUCUUGGUCCCGUGCCCGUGUUACACGGGGCACCCCGUUGUGCAGCAAGAGCCGAUGGCCUUUUCGGAAAAGAAGCCUAUGAUUUACUGGCGCGGGUCUACUACCGGAGGCAAAGCUACUCGAUUCACGUGGAAGACCGGCCAUAGGGAGCGCUUUGUCGCGUUUAUUCAGUCGCUUCAGAAUACGGCCAGGGUUCUUCAGACGGGCCAAUUCUUCGGACUGCAAGUGGAUAAACUAGACAGGCAACAAAUUGCACUAUUCAAGGAUGUGUUUGACAUUCAUUUCGGCAGUUAUAUCCAAUGUGACGAGGAGUCUUGUAAGGACAUGGAGCGCGUCCUGGGGCCGUCGGAUGUUGAGCCAGAAGACACGUCUUCCCACUAUCAGUACCUGUACGACAUAGACGGGAACAGCAUGAGCACCAGGUUCUACCGUCUUCUGUCUAGGCAGGCCGUGGUGUUCAAGCAGACCUGGUUCGAGGAAUGGCACGAUGACCGUCUUGUCCCGUGGGCCCAUUACAUUCCUGUCACCAUGACGAUGGAGGAACUCCCUGCGCUGGUCAAUUUCCUGGUCAAUGACCCAACUGGACAGGUGUUGUCCGCUGAGAUUGCUCAUGCUGGAUCGACUUGGUCGCGACAAGUUGUACGGGAGAUUGACAUGUCCAUUUACUUGUAUCGUUUAAUGCUAGAAAUGGCAAGUUUAUUUGACGUGGAUCAUCUUGAACAGGAAGCUACAGGUGGGCGGGAAUUUGAUGAAAAGAUAUAA